CGCGCUCCCCCCUCGCCCCCAUGCGGCGCUGAGGCGGUGGCGGCGGCGGCAGCGGGGCGGCCCCGGGGCGGCGGGGACCGCUGAGCGCCAUGGAGGGCAUGGACGUGGACCUGGACGCGGAGCUGAUGCAGAAGUUCAGCUGCCUGGGCACCACCGACAAGGACGUGCUGAUCGGCGAGUUCCAGCGGCUCCUCGGCUUCCAGCUCAGCCCCGCCGGCUGCGCCUUCUUCCUCGACAUGACCAACUGGAAUCUACAAGCUGCCAUUGGAGCCUACUAUGAUUUCGAGAGUCCAAAUAUCAAUGUACCCUCCAUGUCCUUUGUUGAAGAUGUCACCAUAGGUGAAGGAGAGUCCAUCCCUCCUGAUACCCAGUUUACAAAAACAUGGAGGAUACAAAACACAGGGACAGAGGCGUGGCCCCCGGGGGUUUGUCUGAAGUAUGUCGGGGGAGACCAAUUUGGCCACGUAAACAUGGUGAUGGUCAGGUCCCUGGAGCCCCAGGAGAUUGCAGACGUCAGCGUUCAGAUGUGCAGCCCCAGCACAGCAGGAAUGUAUCAGGGACAGUGGCGAAUGUGCACCGCCACGGGACUUUAUUACGGAGAUGUCAUCUGGGUGAUCCUCAGCGUGGAAGUUGGAGGACUUCUAGGUGUAACACAGCAGCUGUCAUCCUUUGAAACAGAGUUCAACACGCAACCGCAUCGCAAGGUAGAAGGAAACUUUAACCCUUUCGCCUCUCCACAGAAGAACAGGCAACCAGAUGAAAACAACCUAAAAGACCCUGGGGGUUCCGAGCUAGGCACAAUCAGCAAAAACACAUGGGGGCCUGCUCCUGACCAAAUCGAACAAGAUCAGAAUGGACUGUCACAAAACUCUGUAAAUCUCUCCCCCAGCAGUCACUCGAACAACUUGUCGGUAGUGACAUACAGUAAGGGUUUCCACGGUCCUUAUCCCUUCGGACAGUCUUAAAACACAAAAACACAAAACGGGUAUCGGCAAGAGGAGAAUUUGACAAAGAACUGACUUUUGGGGGAAGGGAGGGGGAUUCAUGUGGCAGACAGACACAACGUGGACCCCCCCUUCUCUGCCUCCGUGUUCUGGAUAAAGAAGAAAAAACAAAAGCCCAGUAACUUAAGACUAGCUGUUUCCAGAGGAGAAUACAAAAUCUAAGUAUGCAUGUGUGAAUGCUGGAUUUCAGGAGUGUUGUUAAAUGCUAUGAGAAAGAAAAUAUACCAGCACCAUGGGGUUUUUUUUUAGAAAUCAUUCUGACACAUAAUUAGGUAGCUUAAAAAGAAGUUUAAAAAAUGAAAAUGAAAAAGCCAUCUUUAAAAAAAAAUAUUUUGCCUACAGAGCGGUUGUAGUUUGAGCAAAUGUUUAAUUUCUGUUUGUUUCUUGUUCAUAUUUUUUUAAAAUAAGGGACAGCGUGCAUUUUUACGGAACUGUCAUGCUUUGCUUGCUACCGAAUGGGAAUUUGCUUAGCAUCUUCUGGGGUUUGUGCAGUGACUUCUUUUUGUCGGACAUUUUUUAAUGACAGGUUGGGUCUGCACCCGGCUCUGCAUUUUUAAUAUCAUCUGCUGGUUUUAGUUACCAACUUUUUAAUCUUCUUUUAUUUCCUUUUUUUUUUUUUUUCCUUUUGGUUUGGGUGUUGCUGUUAGUUGUCCUGCAUGUCAUUGGAAACCGUGCUGAAGACCAGGUCUCGGUAUCAAAGUUGGGGAGAAAGACUCUGGGACUUCUAGGAUAACGUGGAGGGCUCAUUUCCCUUCCCCUUGUACACGAAGUACACACAAAUACACACCCAUAUUAAUAAGAAACAGACUUAUUAAAGUUCCAGGGCUGUCCCAUGUGGUUAGCAUUUUAAAAUACCUUUUUGUUAACUCUUGAUGUACAGUAGCCGUGCCUAGAGCAACCGAGCAAGCGUAUCAGUCUUGUGCCAAGAGGAAACUCUCUUUCUGUAGCUGUAAUUCACUUGGUAGUAGUUGCAAAGCUUUACAAAAGUCAUGUCCUUUUAAUUUUGAAUCUCCCAUCUCUCUUAUAGAGUAUAAGUUUGCAUUCAUUUCUCCUGUGAUAAAGUAUUAGCUUAGAGGCUAAUUGUUUGCGUUUGUGAAUGCAGAGCAAGAGUUAGCAUCAUCAGCUGGAUUCCACUCUGUCGCCUUGUAUUCAUUCACCUUUAUCAUCCUGGCUUGUAGCUUCAUUGAGGCUCUCGCCUUCUAAAUGGGCUCUCCAGGGCUUGGUAUUAGAGGAGGAAUCGCUGCUCUAAAGAUUCGGGUUGCUCUGCUGUUCCUCCAAUGUAUUUUCCUCCAGUUAUGGAUUGGGAAGUCCAGUGUGAGGGGAGGGAGAACAGCCUCGAGGGCUGUGGUGGAUUUCUAAAGUGUCAUGUCACCACAGAUCUCGCUGAAGGGGAGCGAGGUGAGGGGACACUGUCUUACUCAGAAGCGUGAACAAGGCUGGAACAGCCAUCUGCCAAAGAUACAGUAAUAUGCAAAGCUCCCACUACCUUCUUCCACAUCUUUCCAGUGAAGACUCUUGUUCUCCUUGUUGGAGCAAAGCGCAGGCUUGCUGCAUGGUGCGUGGCUUUACGCUGAUUGCUCUUGACUAGUUGUAUUUUCUUGGUUGGUUUUGAAUGGGGGAUUCAUUUUCAUUGCAGCUACCAAGGACCCUCUUAUCUGAGGGCAUACAGAUGGAUCUUGUGGAGGACAGUGGGAGUUCCUUGUAUCCCACAGAGGAAGAAUUGGGUGAUAGAUUUUGUUUGUAUUUCAGAGGUUCAGUUGUUAAAGGUCACUGUUAUCUGAAGACUCCCUUCAAAAAUCUGUUUGCUGGGAGAAACAAGUAUAAUGUAAGAAAUUAUCUGCAUAGAAGAGGCACUGCAGGAUUUGGACUGCUAGCCAUUUGCACUUGCAGUUUGGUGAGCACCGGGGUCUGUCUCGGCAGCUUGCUAGAGCUGGGUGAGUGUUAAGAUCCAGAGCGAACCCGUGGAAGGUGGUGCUGCACUGCUCAGAGCAGCUGGAGUGUUUGGUUCUUGUCCUGUAACAUCAUUUUGCCUUGGAUUAGUUAUCUCCUCUUAGCAUUCAGUCUAGGAAACAAUUUGCAUCACUGUAGUGUAGCGUGGGCAAGCAGAUUCUUUCUUCGCUCCCUCCUUUCCAAGGAGGUGGCUUGUGCAACAAGCUCUGAAGGCAGGAACACGUACCUGACCAUCACACCUCUUGCAAUACUGCCGCUUCCCUUCUGAAGGCAUCUAAAACACUGGAGACUGCUGUUUGUCCGAGUGACAAGGUGAUUCCUUAUCUUUAUUAGCUCCUUUUAUCAGCUGUGUAGUGGAAGGGGGGGGGAAUUAAGAUCUGAGUCUGUAUGUUAUAGCUGGUGCUGCAACCUUUGCCUUGUGUCAGCUGAGGCAUCUGGGAGACCCUUGAACUCAGAUACCCCCACGCUGGCUUUCUUCUGCUCCUGGCCACGUAUGCUCCUCCCGUAUAUAAUGGCUGCCACAUUCGUGUUCCUAUGCUCUUCCUAUGACUGAAUUUUCCUUUUCUUGGGAAAAAAAACCCCAACCAACUUGCAUGCACCCCAAGUAGUCGUGUGCUUUCCCACUCAGAAGGCAUACUUGUUCUGCACAGACUUGAAUUCUCUCUCCUCUUGAGUGUUUUUAGUCCGUGGUGUCCUUGUGACAAGGGUCACUUACUCCAGGGUGUGAAGAAAGGCCAGGCCAGAUCCGAGUUGCUGCUGAAAUCUGCGACCUCUUGCUGCUCACAUCACCGCUCUUCCCCAGGUAGCUGACUGUGAGCGCUCUUGUCUGUGGGAAUGAUCUGUCUGCAAACGAUCGUGCAGAGCUCUGGAUGCUUUGAGGGUUGGGGUUGUAACCCUGGCUGUGACAGGGGAAGAAUGUUUAAAUUAGUGGUUGCUCUACCUCUGGGUUUUUCCUCGAGUAAAAACUAUUUCACUGAGGCUAAAGGUGGUUUUAUCUCCUCUGGUUCCUUGGAGCUUAGUGGUGCAGCCAGCCCUCAAAUUGCUCUUGCUGUCAGGUUUCCAGCUUUUAAAUAGGGGGAUUUGAGAUGUAUUCAGCAAAGCUCUUUCCAGGUGACUUCAGGGCACUGUGAUUGUGUGGGUUUCCAUAGGGCUGAUGCACUCAAACUCACAGAGUCUUAACAUCAGAUACAUGAAGCACAUGGUUUUUCAAACAUGCUGAAUGCCAAAUAUUUUGGUGAGCCCGAAGUGUGUGCGGUGGCUCGGAUAACCCGAUCCACGUGAGUUACGCACAUAGAACUCAGGCCUGUUGGAAAUGGGAGGAAAUCCUUGCCGGGUUGAGACUGGUGAACCAGUAAAGAGGCUGUUACCCAGUGAGGCUGGUGUUCCUGACUGGGGGAGGGAUGGGGCUGGUACCCACUGAUAUGGGAGGGUGCAGUGACAGAGAGGCUGCAACUGGCUCCAGUCUGAUUAACACCCAUCUGUCUUGAAGUCCUGAGAAGGAGGGAAAGAGAGAUCUUCCUUACCCACCACCCACCCCCCCAAAAAAAGAAAAAAAAGAAAAAGAUAAUGCAGAACAUCUCUGAUGGUCUCUCAAAUGGAUCCCUGUGUCAAGCGUGAGCCACUCGGGAUGUGGAACCAUAUGGCUAAUACAACUUGAGCAACGGCAGCCCAGGCACCCUCUCUCAGCCUGGGCAAACUGGAGCACGAUAUCCCUAGGGCUACCCCAAAACUGCUGAUGCCACGUGAGGGGGUGGAGGGAGCUGGAAUCUGCUGCCCGCAUCUCAGGAGCGUUGGAUUCAGACCCCUCCAAGGUGUGGAAGAUGCGGCUCCCCCAGUGAGGGGCAAAGCCGUGCGGUCAGAGAGCACGUGGGCGUGAGAGCGGCUGGAGUCGGCAGGGUUAGGAAAUGCACGCUGUCCCACGUCUGGGUUUCUGUUGUGUGUUUAAUUUUUUUUUUGUGUGUGAGUGCGUGGGUGGUUCUGCAGCCUGUCUAUUCUCUCCGGGGGGAGUGCAUGUGUAGAACAGGAUGGUGUGUUGCCUCAUUGAGUCUGGGAGAAGUCCUAUGAUAGCACAUUGGGGUUAAAAAUAAAGGAAGCUUUUUCCUUAAUGUAUAAAUGAAUAUUUGUAUGAUUAAAUUAACACAGAAAAAAA